CGAAUCAGUCGUUUCCAUUUCCAAAUAUUCAAAACUUUCUCUCUCUCUUAUUGACCAAAACUUUCCGAGAAAAUGUCUGGGCGUGGAAAGGGAGGCAAGGGCUUGGGCAAGGGAGGAGCCAAGCGUCACAGGAAGGUCCUCAGAGACAACAUCCAGGGCAUCACGAAGCCGGCGAUUCGCCGUCUUGCUCGCAGAGGCGGUGUGAAGCGUAUCAGCGGUCUGAUCUACGAGGAGACCAGAGGAGUGCUCAAAAUCUUCUUGGAGAACGUGAUCCGCGACGCCGUCACCUACACCGAGCACGCCAGGAGGAAGACCGUCACCGCGAUGGACGUCGUUUACGCUCUCAAGAGGCAGGGGAGGACUCUCUACGGUUUCGGCGGAUGAUUGCUUUUGUUUUGAAUUUGAUGCGUUCGUUGUCGAUAUUUUAGUAGUGAUUGCAGAUCUAGGCUUUACAUCUGAAGUACAUGGAUGUUUCGUUGCAAGUUUGGUACUUUCAGAUUUGUCUCUUGUAAUUCUCGCUUUCUGAAUUUGAGCUAAUACGGAUUGGCACGGUUGAAUUUAUCUUCUCAA